AUGAAACUGGUGCUGCGGGGCGGGAGGAAAGCAGGCUCUCUCAUCUCCAUGGGAAUCCUCCGGCGGCCGUUGAAGUGCAUCUGCUAUGUUGCAAUUCUGCUGACGCUGGCGGCCCUGCUGCUCUACGCCGCAAGCCACAUCUCCUGCGUCAGGUAGGCCCAACCGCACCGCAGGCCACACCACGGCUGGCACAACAAAACUAGAUUCCGGCCACCUCUCCCUCUCUCCCUCCGUAUAUAUUCUGCCGUUUGUUGCUUUCCCUCGGGCUGGUUGUCUUGUGUUGACACGUUUUGUUCAGUGCGGGUAUGGAGAAGGUGAAGGCCCUGAUAGAGCAGUACACGGGGCAGCGGUCAGAUGACACACUCAACGGCGAGGGGGCCGCACAGGGGGGCGGAGGAGGAGGCGGCCUCACUAGGAGGCGCUUGUAGCCCGGACUCACACACAGGUAUGUAGGGAGUUUGGCAAAGCGGGCGGGGGAUGACAGACAGGCG